AUGCGUGAGAUUGUUCACCUUCAGACCGGUCAGUGCGGUAACCAAAUUGGUGCUGCUUUCUGGCAGACCAUCUCUGGCGAACAUGGCCUCGACAGCAAUGGUGUCUACAACGGUACCUCUGAGCUCCAGCUCGAGCGUAUGAGCGUCUACUUCAAUGAGGCCUCCGGUAACAAGUAUGUUCCUCGCGCCGUCCUUGUCGAUCUUGAACCUGGCACCAUGGAUGCCGUCCGUGCCGGUCCUUUCGGUCAGCUUUUCCGUCCCGACAACUUCGUCUUUGGUCAGUCUGGUGCUGGCAACAACUGGGCCAAGGGUCACUACACUGAAGGUGCUGAGCUUGUCGACAAUGUCCUUGAUGUUGUCCGUCGCGAGGCGGAAGGUUGUGACUGCCUCCAGGGCUUCCAGAUCACCCACUCUCUCGGUGGUGGUACCGGUGCUGGUAUGGGUACUCUGUUGAUCUCCAAGAUCCGUGAAGAGUUUCCCGACCGAAUGAUGGCCACUUUCUCCGUCGUUCCCUCUCCCAAGGUUUCCGACACCGUUGUCGAGCCCUACAACGCAACCCUCUCCGUCCAUCAGCUCGUUGAGAACUCUGACGAGACUUUCUGCAUCGACAACGAGGCUCUGUACGACAUCUGCAUGCGCACUCUCAAGCUGUCUAACCCUUCGUACGGUGACCUGAACUAUCUCGUCUCUGCCGUCAUGUCUGGCGUCACCACAUGCUUGCGUUUCCCCGGUCAGUUGAACUCUGAUCUGCGUAAGCUGGCUGUCAACAUGGUCCCCUUCCCUCGUCUGCACUUCUUCAUGGUCGGCUUCGCCCCCCUGACCAGCCGUGGUGCUCACUCUUUCCGCGCUGUCAGCGUACCUGAGCUCACCCAGCAGAUGUUCGACCCUAAGAACAUGAUGGCCGCUUCUGACUUCCGAAACGGCCGCUACCUGACCUGCUCUGCCAUCUUCCGUGGCAAGGUCGCUAUGAAGGAGGUUGAGGAUCAGAUGCGUAACGUGCAGAACAAGAACUCCAGCUACUUCGUCGAAUGGAUCCCCAACAAUAUCCAGACCGCUCUCUGCGCCAUCCCCCCCCGUGGCCUCAAGAUGUCUUCUACCUUUAUUGGUAACUCCACCUCCAUCCAGGAGCUUUUCAAGCGUGUUGGUGAGCAGUUCACUGCCAUGUUCCGUCGCAAAGCUUUCUUGCAUUGGUACACUGGUGAGGGUAUGGACGAGAUGGAGUUCACCGAGGCUGAGUCCAAUAUGAACGAUCUUGUCUCUGAAUACCAGCAAUACCAGGAUGCUGGUGUUGAUGAGGAGGAAGAGGAGUACGAUGAAGAAGCUCCUGUUGAAGAGCCUUUGGAGUAA